AUGCGAGCCUACUUUGUCCUACUGGUUGCUGCAGCUGCGCUCCUGACCUAUGGAGGGGCGACGGCCACGUACUCGACAUCGAAGGGGGAGAUGAAUUUAACCGGAACUGUCGAAAGUGACCGCCCGACUCGCUCUCUUCGGGUCGCACCCAGCGGCGGCAAUGGUGAAGAAAGAUCGUGGUCAACCAUUAACGGAAUUUCCCGAUCGAAGGCGGAGACUGUGAGAGAUUGGUUGACGCCCCAGCUUAACCAAAGAGAACGUACAGGCGUUCGCCAGAGAUGUGGGGAUUACUUCGAGACAGGCGGCUACUCACCAUGA